GCAAGAGCGCCGAGUGGCUGCAGGAGGAGCUGGAGGCGCGCGGUGGCGCGUCCCUGCUGCUGCUAGACUGCCGGCCGCACGAGCUCUUCGAGUCGUCGCACAUCGAGACGGCCAUCAACCUGGCCAUCCCGGGCCUCAUGCUGCGCCGCCUGCGCAAGGGCAACCUGCCCAUCCGCUCCAUCAUCCCCAACCACGCCGACAAGGAGCGCUUCGCCACGCGCUGCAAGGCAGCCACCGUGCUGCUGUACGACGAGGCCACGGCCGAGUGGCAGCCAGAGCCCGGCGCCCCCGCCUCCGUGCUUGGCCUGCUCCUGCAGAAGCUGCGCGACGACGGCUGCCAGGCCUACUACCUCCAAGGUGGUUUCAACAAGUUCCAGACCGAGUACUCGGAGCAUUGUGAGACCAACGUGGACAGCUCCUCCUCACCAAGUGACUCGCCACCCACCUCGGUGCUGGGCCUGGGGGGCCUGCGCAUCAGCUCUGACUGCUCCGACGGCGAGUCAGACCGAGAGCUGCCCAGCAGCGCCACCGAGUCAGAUGGCAGCCCUGUGCCGCCCAGCCAGCCAGCCUUCCCUGUCCAGAUUCUGCCCUACCUCUACCUCGGCUGUGCCAAGGACUCCACCAACUUGGAUGUGCUCGGCAAGUACGGCAUCAAAUACAUCCUCAACGUUACCCCCAACCUGCCCAACGCCUUCGAGCACGGUGGCGAGUUCACCUACAAGCAGAUCCCCAUCUCUGACCACUGGAGCCAGAAUCUCUCCCAGUUCUUCCCCGAGGCCAUCAGCUUCAUUGAUGAGGCCCGCUCCAAGAAGUGUGGUGUCCUGGUGCACUGCCUGGCGGGCAUCAGCCGCUCAGUGACGGUCACUGUGGCCUACCUGAUGCAGAAGAUGAACCUGUCACUCAACGACGCCUAUGACUUCGUCAAGAGGAAAAAGUCCAACAUCUCCCCCAACUUCAACUUCAUGGGGCAGCUGCUGGACUUCGAGCGGACGCUGGGGCUGAGCAGCCCAUGUGACAACCACGCGCCCAGUGAGCAGCUCUACUUCUCCACGCCCACCAACCGCAACCUGUUCCCCCUCAACACACUCGAGUCCACGUGAGGCCGGGUCCUCAGGGCCUGGAGGAGGCCUGGCCUGCUGCCCUUGGCUGAGGAGCCCACACCGUCGCCUGGGCCUGGGGGCCAGGCUGAGCUGCACCAAGCUCCCCCACUGUCCAGUGGGACAGGGCCCACGGGCAGGACCUCCUCAGGGAGAGGCCUGGGAUCACAGAUGUGUGGACUGGGGAGCCGGCAGGCCUCAGCUUUUCCCCAGGACACCCUUUCUGCUGAUGGCCCAGCCUGUCCAGCUAUUUUUAAAGACAUCCAUGAACCUGAGUUUACUUUUUACUUUUGGCAGGUAAAUCCAAGCUCCUCGGAGCUCAGAGUGUAUUCAAGCUCUUCUCGAUUUUUCUUUUUUUAACAAAAAGUGUUAUUUUCAGGCUACAUGCAACAGUGGAUGGUAUAAACCAGUGUUUCAUGUCUUUCUUGAUCCUGAGAGAGAGAGAAGUGUUCUCAGUUUUGUUUUUCUUCCUAUUUCCAAAAGCAGUUAUUGGUGUAUUUUGUUUUUGUUCUUAAUGGAAAAGACAAACCCCGUGUUGAUCUUGACCAAAUGCAUUUUGCACACGUGUGAAGCCUCUGUUUCUCCACCUGGCCCUCUGGAAGGGGCAGCUGCUGUGCUCCAGGAGUCAGGGCCCUGUGGUGCCAUCCCCCGCGUGGGCCGGCCCUGUGUGGCACUGCAUCACCUGUGCCGACUGUUGUAAGUGUGCUCAGUGGGCUGGACCGGUGGUCUUUGCGUUGCUUGUCCUCUUCCCUGCCCAUCCAGCGGUCCUGCAGACCUGCCUGAGGCAGAAGAUGGGGGUCCUGCAUCUGCUGUGCUGGGGUGCGGCACGGGGCUGCCAAGCAGUAGCGCUGGCCUCUCGGGCUCAGCGCCUCGGAGGCUGGAGCCUGGGCUCUUUUCUAAACCCACCGUGACUUCUGUUUCUGUCCCCUCUCUAGCUGGGAGUGAAGGCCAGCGUCUGGGGAAAACUUGGGUGGUGGGGCCCAGCCUGCCUCCCAGAUCCUUUCACUUUCCCUGGCUGAAGCUUUGGUCACCCACAGCUUCCAGGCAGACCCCUGGUCCCCGUGGAAGCCUGCCCCACUCACAUCUUGCCAUGCCUUCUGCUACCAGGAAACCCCAUCUGUGCUAACCCUAGGGCAGGGGCAGAUGGGGCCGUGGUGGGAAGUGGGAGGGGCAUGAGGCUCUAUCCACCCCAGCAUCCGCAGAGCAAAGCCACGGAUUCCGUUAGCCUCCUCCAGUUUUGUUCCUUCUCCAGUCUCAGUUCCACCCAGGUGUUGGGGCUGCCCAGGAGCCAGGAAGGGGUCAGCUGUGGAGCCGGUGUCCCUGAUGGAGCCAGCACUCAGCAUGCGAGCACGGCCACGGAAACUCUGCCCCCGCUGCAUCUUACCUCACGGUGGUUUUCAGGGAUUUUUGGGGGCAGCGGAUUAAAAUCUUGCCACAGUCAAGAGAUUGACAAAAAGCUUCCAUGCUGUACAUGGUUCUCUUUCUCUCUCUUUAUUUUUCAAAAAAGAAAAACCCAGAAAGAUGUGUCUGAGUUGUGUACAUGAUAUGCCAGAGGGUGGCCAGUUUUGCUUUAUGAGCUUAUGAAGGAAAAUUUGUGACCCUACAUAUACACACACACACAUACACGCACACACACAUACAUAUAUAUAUAUAUAUAUAUCUCCCAAACCAGCAACAGGACUUUGUUUAUAUUGCAAAUAAAUAUUAUUUUUUCUUUAAAA